GCUAAGAAAAUAUUUCAUUGAGCUGUUUAGCUUGGUUCAACCUCACUCUCAUAGUUUUUAAGGAGUGAUGGAUAUGUUUGUUAUUGCAAUCCAUUGAGGUCUGAUUUGAACCUUUUGGGGUGGUAAGCUUUCUGAGUUGUUAAUCUUGUGUAUCAAAACUGUGUUACGUAGGUGGAGAGGGUAGAAGUCACUUAUAUCUUAUAAGAUGAGGCAUGAGAAUGGCACUGAUGAAGAAGAUCAUAAACAUGAUGAGACAACCGCAGCAGAGAGCAGCACAAACGGGGAAGAGAGUGAAAAGAGCAAACAGAAAGAAAAGGCUGAAACUGUCCCAUAUCACAGGCUGUUCUCAUUUGCAGAUUCCACUGAUAUAAUUUUGAUGGUUGUUGGCACCAUUGGAGCAAUUGGAAAUGGUUUGGGGAUGCCUCUCAUGACAUUGCUGUUCGGUCAAAUGAUUGAUAGCUUUGGAAAUAAUCAAUUUAGCCCUGAUAUUGUCAAAGAAGUUUCCAAGGUUGCUCUGAAAUUUGUAUACUUGGGAAUAGGCACUGGUGUGGCUGCUUUCCUCCAGGUGGCUUGCUGGAUGGUCACAGGGGAAAGGCAGGCUGCAAGAAUUAGGAGCUUGUAUUUGAAAACUAUACUAAGACAAGAUAUUGCUUUCUUUGAUAAGGAAACUAACGCUGGAGAGGUGAUAGGGAGAAUGUCAGGUGACACUAUUCUCAUACAAGAUGCCAUGGGUGAGAAGGUUGGGAGAUUUCUGCAGCUAGUAGCAACAUUUAUUGGGGGCUUUGUGAUAGCAUUUAUCAAAGGGUGGCUUCUUACUGUUGUCAUGUUAUCCACUCUUCCACUUCUUGUUGCAGCUGGUGCUGCUAUGGCCGUUAUCAUAGGAAAGACAGCUUCCCGAGGUCAAACUGCGUAUGCAAAAGCUGCACAUGUAGUUGAACAGACAAUAGGCUCAAUAAGAACUGUUGCAUCCUUUACUGGGGAAAAGCAAGCAGUAUCUAGUUACAAGAAAUUUCUUGCACAUGCUUACAAAUCAGGAGUUCAUGAAGGUUUUGUAGCUGGAAUGGGUCUUGGCAUUGUUAUGUUAGUUAUUUUCUGUGGUUAUGCUUUGGCUGUAUGGUUUGGUGCAAAGAUGGUGAUGGAAAAAGGAUAUGGUGGGGGCACUGUGGUCAAUGUGAUUGUUGCAGUGCUAAAUGCUUCCAUGUCUCUUGGCCAGGCAUCUCCAUCCAUGAGUGCUUUUGCUGCGGGUCAAGCAGCAGCUUAUAAAAUGUUUCAGACAAUUGAGAGAAAGCCAGAGAUUGAUGCUUAUGACCCAAAUGGUAAGACACUAGAGGACAUUCAUGGUGAAAUCCAUUUAAGGGAUGUUUAUUUCAGUUAUCCAGCCAGACCUGAAGAGUUAAUAUUCAAUGGAUUCUCUCUUCAUAUACCUAGUGGCACCACUGCAGCUUUGGUAGGACAAAGUGGAAGUGGGAAGUCUACGGUUAUCAGUUUGAUAGAAAGAUUCUAUGAUCCCCAAGCAGGUGAAGUUCUUAUUGAUGGAACUAACGUGAAAGAAUUUCAGCUUAGAUGGAUCAGAGGAAAAAUUGGCCUUGUCAGCCAGGAGCCAGUGUUGUUUGCAUCUAGCAUAAAUGAUAAUAUUGCAUAUGGAAAAGAGGGAGCAACGAUUGAAGAGAUAAGAGCUGCAACUGAACUUGCAAAUGCUGCUAAAUUCAUUGACAAACUACCACAGGGAUUGGACACAAUGGUUGGUGAGCAUGGAACUCAACUAUCCGGUGGACAGAAGCAGCGCAUUGCCAUUGCAAGAGCAAUCCUGAAAGAUCCAAGAAUUCUACUUCUAGAUGAAGCUACGAGUGCACUUGAUGCUGAGUCUGAAAGGAUAGUGCAACAAGCUCUGGAUAGGAUUAUGGUCAACAGGACUACUGUUAUUGUUGCGCAUCGCUUGAGCACAGUGAGGAAUGCUGAUAUGAUCGCUGUAAUUCAUAGAGGAAAAAUGGUUGAGAAAGGAACACACAUAGAAUUAAUCAAGGAUCCUGAAGGAGCUUACUCUCAACUUAUACGUUUACAAGAAGGAAGCAAGAAGGAAUCAGAAGAAACAACGGACAAUCAAAACAAGAGGGAACUUUCCUCAGAAUCCUUUACAAAGUUGAGUCAAAGGCGGUCUUUUCAAAGAUCAGGAUCAUCUGUUGGAAAUAGUAGCCGCCACUCAUUUUCAAUUUCAUUUGGUUUACCUACAGGAGUUAACAUCCCCGAUCCUGCUGAUCUUGAACUUGAAACUUUAGAGCCUAAAGAACAAUCCCCAGAAGUGCCAAUCCAGCGUCUUGCUUCUCUGAACAAGCCAGAGAUUCCUGUGCUUCUGAUUGGAUGUGUAGCUGCCAUAGCAAAUGGUACCAUAUUUCCAAUAUUUGGUGUGUUACUCUCCCGUGUUAUCAAAACAUUUUUUGAACCAUUUCCGGAGAUGAAAAAGGACUCCAAGUUUUGGGCACUCAUGUUUGUGACCCUUGGAGUUGGAUCUUUAGUGGCUAUUCCAGCUCGAGGUUACUUCUUCUCUAUGGCUGGCAGUAAGUUAAUCCAACGUAUUAGACUCAUCUGUUUUGAGAAGGUGAUCAACAUGGAGGUUGGUUGGUUUGAUGAGCCUGAGCACUCUAGUGGUGUAAUUGGUGCAAGGCUCUCAGCAGAUGCUGCAUCUGUGCGUGCCCUUGUUGGUGAUGCUCUGGGACUACUGGUUCAAAAUAUAGCAACAGCAUUGGCAGGUUUGAUUAUUGCUUUCACUGCAUGCUGGCAAUUGGCAUUGAUUAUUCUUGUCUUGGUUCCCCUCAUUGGAAUGAAUGGCUAUGUUCAAAUGAAAUUCAUGAAGGGGUUUAGUGCAGAUGCAAAGAUGAUGUAUGAGGAAGCAAGCCAAGUUGCUAAUGAUGCAGUUGGAAGCAUAAGAACAGUAGCUUCUUUUUGUGCUGAAGAGAAAGUUAUGGAACUGUACAAGAAGAAAUGUGAAGGUCCCAUGGAAACUGGGAUACGACAAGGCUUGAUCAGUGGAACAGGAUUUGGGGUUUCAUUUUUCUUGCUCUUCUGUGUCUAUGCAACCAAUUUCUAUGCUGGAGCCAGAUUUGUGGGAGCUGGCAAAGCAUCAUUCUCAAAUGUUUUCCAGGUUUUCUUUGCUUUAACUAUGGCAUCUAUUGGAAUUUCCCAAUCAAGCUCCCUUGCUCCUGAUUCAAGCAAAGCCAAGAUAGCCACCGCUUCCAUAUUUAGAAUAAUGGAUAGAAAAUCAAAGAUAGACCCAAGUGAUGAGUCUAGUGGCACAUUGGAUAAUGUAAAGGGAGAAAUAGAGCUUCGUCAUGUAAGCUUUAAGUAUCCAUCUAGGCCAGAUAUACAGAUUUUUCGAGACCUAAGCUUGACUAUCCAUUCUGGCAAGACUGUGGCCCUUGUUGGUGAAAGUGGAAGUGGGAAAUCCACAGUGAUUGCCUUGUUACAAAGAUUUUAUGAUCCUGAUUCUGGUCAAAUUACACUUGAUGGAAUACAAAUUCAGAAUUUACAACUCAAGUGGUUAAGGCAGCAGAUGGGACUUGUAAGCCAAGAGCCAGUGUUGUUCAAUGACACCAUCCGUGCCAAUAUUGCAUAUGGAAAGAACGGGAAUGCCACUGAAGCAGAAAUCAUAACUGCAGCAGAACUGGCCAAUGCACAUGGUUUUAUCAGUGGCUUACAACAGGGUUACGAUACAGUAGUGGGUGAAAGAGGGAUCCAGCUAUCUGGUGGGCAAAAGCAACGGAUAGCCAUUGCACGUGCCAUAAUAAAAAGUCCAAAGAUAUUGCUACUAGAUGAAGCCACUAGUGCACUAGAUGCUGAGUCAGAGAGAGUUGUUCAAGAUGCAUUAGACAAAGUGAUGGUGAAUAGGACCACUGUGGUUGUGGCACAUCGUUUAUCUACAAUAAAGAAUGCAGAUGUGAUUGCAGUGGUAAAAAAUGGAAUUAUAGUGGAGAAAGGUAGGCAUGACACGCUCAUUAACAUCAAGGAUGGAUCUUACGCUUCCUUAGUGCAACUUCAUACAAGUGCUAAAACAGCGUGAUAGUAUAUUAUAUUUCUUUUUUUUUUCGUGA